CGUGUUUUGUGAACAUGGUGAAUGUUGCUGUCUACCACCACGAUGUCCGUCAAACCGUAUACCGCUCGCCCCUUCAUUGACGAUCUUAUUCCCCUGAUACUCGACAGUAAUGACCAUUGGUGGCCUCGUGACUUCGUUCGUCUUGCGACGGUGUCCCCGUCAUGGCUGUUCUACGUUCGAAAGAGACUCUAUGCAUUCCCAACCAUCCACACAUUUCCUGCAUGUGCAUUACUUGCAAGAACCCUAUCAACGAAUCCAUCCCUCAUUCCGCUCAUUUAUGGGCUGAACCUUCGACCAAUGGUCACAUUGGACGAUUGCAGCCAGAAACUAUCCACAAAGGACAUGACUGGGCUUCGUCACCUCCUUACCCUUGACUUGCGUAGGCUUAUAUUUGGAGGACAACUAUCUCUAAAGGCAGAGAGGUUCCUAAGCUUGCUGUCGAAUCCAGAAGCUGUCAAUGAUCUACAUAUUGAUGGCAGCCUCCUCGCUGACUCUCUCUGCUCCCGUCCAACCUUGGAAUGGGAUGAGAGUAUGACAUUUAGGUUUUCCAAUCUCAAGCGAUUACAGCUCACCCAUCUCGACUUGGACAUCAUUCCCCCUUCCAUUUCAUACCCAUUACCCGCUUCCCAACUCGUGCUUGAAGAUGUCGAUAUUACUGGGGGUUUUAUUUGUCAAAUGACGAACGGCGGAUCCAUCGAUAUUCUGCAUGUGUUGACAAAAAGAGCCGAGGAAUUUGAUGAACAAAUCCGGCUUGUACUCGAUUCAUGUACAGUCGGGUGCCUGGAGUAUGAGGUACGAGGAGAGGUUCCUUCAACGCGCUUCAUCAUCGACGCGGAUUCACCCGACUAUCCUUUCCUCCACGGCCUUCACCUGAGGGGACUCCAGGUUGACGUUGGCACCCUCACUGGAAUUGAAGCGCGUUGUCAGAAUUUGGUGGAAUUCACUGUAUGCGGGCGCAUGGUACGAGCCACAGCAAAGGAAUGGAGCGAGCUGAUUGGUUCUGGUUCGUUUGGGUCAUUGAAGCGUUUGGGACUUCCAGGGGGAACCAAUUCUCCACCGUUUGUGUCGUGGCCGUUGGCAGAAGUUAGGGGCGUACACGACGCCUGUGCUUCUCGUAAUAUACGACUUUUGGUUUGCUGA